AUGCAGCGACUCCUGAUCGUCCUGGCUGGAGUUUCAGUGGUCGGCAUUGUGACUACAGAGAGAUCAUCAUGUCUGAAACGUGCAGCAUUUUCUUCCACAAACUUUGAGAACAUCCUGACAUGGGAAACGGAGGCAGAUAUUCCCCCUGGCACCGUGUUUGAUGUCCAAUACAAACAGUAUGGAGAGAAAUCCUGGCUCACCAAGCGUGAGUGCCAGAGCAUCACCCAGCUCUUCUGCAACCUCAGCCAGGAGACAGAGAACUUCACAGAGCAUUUCUACGGGCGGGUCAGGGCCAGGGGCUGCUCCUCCAGCUGGGUGCGCUCCGAGAGGUUCGAGCCCCGCAAAGAGACCAUUAUAGGGGCACCACAAGUGGAAUACGUUCCCUAUGUGCGCUCCAUAAAGUUCCUGAUCCGGCCCCCCUUGACCCCCCUGCGGGGUGAGGAUGACCAGCAGCUCACCGUGGAGGACAUCUACAGCAAAUUUGGGGCUGUGGAUUAUCACCUGACAAUAUUCAACCAGAGGACACAGCAGCAGUGGACAAAGAAUGAACACAGCAAAGAAUUUGAAGUUUCCAACCUGGAUCCAGACACUGAAUACAACGGGACAGUUUAUAUCUAUCUGCUGCAAAGAAGGAGCAGACCUCAGGUGUUUUGGGUGAAAACACUGGCAGACAAGACGUGGAUUCUCUACUGUUUGGUGGCCCUGGCGUUCUGUGCCGGGCUGGUUUUUGCUGCCGGCGCUUAUGUGAUCUACAAAUACAUCAAACAGCGCAAUGCCCAGCCCAGGGCCUUGGACUUCAGAGGGAUUUCAUCGUUCCAGCCUCUCUUGCUGACAGUGGAGCACAUCAUAAAGCCCCUCACUUUCUCCAGACCUUGCCAUUUAAUCCCUGAAGUGCAGCUGGCCCAGAUGAGCUCGCGUUUGGACUGGGCCCUGGAGCCACCACGGCCUUUCUGUGCCUACCAGCAGCAGGUGGAUGUCCCUACACUGCAGCUGCCCCCUCGGCCAUGCCAGGUGGAAAUGCCAGCUCCGAGCGCUCACGCCCCUCAGACCGCGGAGCAGAGCGUUCCCACAGGCACAGCCCGCAGCAGCCUGCCCCUGACCUACGGGCUGUGUGGGGAAGGCACGGACCUCACCGACCGGAGCUCACAGCCCGACCAAAGGCUGAAGGAAGUUUCUCCAGAUCGUUCUGCGGAUGGAAAACUCCGAACACAGGCGCUGGGAAAGAGCUGCAGCCACUGGGAUUACAAAGAGCAGCAGCCGAAGGUGGCUCUGUGGAAGAGCAGGGACAGGCUGGAGUCAGUGGUGAUCCAGGGGAGCCCUGGGCAGAGCCAGCUGCUGCUGCAGAGCGAGGGGCUGGAGAACGCGGAGCGCGUGUCCCAGCUGUCCCUGUCCUUGCUGGAACAGGGAGGAUGCUACACACGACAGGCACAGCUGCCCCUGCUGCUGUCUGCGGGGAGAGCUGCCCCAGACUAUGCUCCAGAGGAGGAGCUGCUGGCACCCCUGUCCGCAGCGCUGCUCCUCUCGGUCCGGACUGGGACCGACCUCCCCGCAGAGAACCCCGCGGAGCAGUGGAAGCUGCCGGAGCCAUCCCCACAUCCCGCGCACAAAGCGCAGCUCCCAGAGACUGCGGCCGUGGAAAUGUUCCCGGCAGCAAAGGAGCUGAGCUGCACAGAACUGAGCGUGUCCCCAGGCAGCAGCCCAGGCCGGGACACGGGCACUCCGCUCAGCAUGCUCUUCAAAGAUCUGGACUUGAAAGUGCAGUGGGAUGAGGAGGAUAGCAUGGAAUUUUAUUAG